AUGGAAAACCCAGUGGCCGACAUACCUACCGUUAUCCGGCGACUGACACAGUCGCCGCCGUCUUUGCAAGAAACGGUCAUUAAGCAAUACUUCACCAACAAUGCAUCUUUUGUUCAUCCAUUCUGCCGAGUACCCAACUUCGAAGGUAGCAGAUGGUGGAUAACAAAGAUAUUUCAAUGGUAUAAGAUCAUGUCACCCCGGAUUGAGCUAGAGAUUCGUUCUAUUGCAUUUGACGAGGAGAAGCUACGGCUCUACGUGAAUAUGUCCCAAAUCUUCACAAUUUGGCUUGUUCCCUUCCAUGUCGCUCCGGUGACUCUCACAACGGUCUUGGAUCUGACAUACGAGUCGGCCAAGAGCAACGCUAAGACCAAUGGCGAACAUAGACUUUACUACAUUUCCAAACAAGAAGAUCUGUAUCAAACAUCGGAGUUUGUCAAGUUCCUAAUGCCGCACAUCGGGUAUUGGGUUGUUUUUGUUUGGCACAUCAUUGCAACCCUCUUCUGUGUCCUGGGUGUGGCCUUGCUAUGGCCUAUACUGUGGUUGGAAGAAAAGGGUUAUAUACCGGGCCGCUUUUUGCGGGGGGGCAACUUGGCUUAUAACAUGGAGAGGAAGAUUCCAGAAAUCAAAGGGCAAUGA